AACCCACUAGAAUGGAUAAACACCAAUGAAGAAGUCAGACGGCUAAUAGCGUAGUGGGUAAAAUAGGCUAGCACAUCCAUAACUGAAAGAUAAUGAUUAAAAAUAUAAACAAUCAACAUGGAUAAAAAGAAGAAAACAUUGGACGUAGCUGCGUCAUCGUUAGUAGAUCUGAAAGCGGAGCUCUACAGAAAACAGGAGCAGUUCAAACGAGAGAAACUUGGCCAAGAAAGCUCUGAUGCUGGACACCGAGCUAAAUCCACAGCCAAUAAGAAACCAAAUAUCUGGAGCAAACAAAAUGCUGGCGUGUCAGCAAGAGCUGCGAAAGACGCAGAGCAGCUGACAGAGGAGCAGAUCAGCCUCGACACAGCCAGGCGCAAGUUGGAGGAGAAGGCCAGACUCUAUGAUCAGAUGACUAAAGGAGACUUUCCAGAUGAAGAGACAGAAGCCCUUUACCUUGUUGACUUCACCCAGAAGAUUAUUGACAAACAAAAAGAAACAUUUGCACCGAAGAAGAGGGAGCAAGAAGAUGAGGAAAGAGAGAGCCUGUCCCCUAUUCCUCCUCCUCAGAACCCAGAUGAGGAAUGGGUUGAUUUUGUGGACGCUUUGGGACGAUCUCGAAGAUGCAUGAAGAAAGACCUGCCCAGUUUUCAGAAACUGGACCAAGACAUUAAAGGAACAGGAGCGAUCACUUCUGAGAACACCUUACUCUCCGAGGACAUGCGCAGAGAGCUGCAGAGGCGGGAGUGGGAGAGGGAGGAAGAGGAGGCAAUGAAGAGGCCCGUUGGACCUGUUCACUACGAGAAUAUUAGAGCACAAGAGGCCCGUGACCUUGGUGUGGGCUACUUUGCCUUCGCCCAUGAUGAAGAGCAGCGCAGAAAGCAGAGGGAAACUCUGGACAUGCUCAGAGACCAGACCACAGAGCAGCGGACUAAGAGAGAACGACUCAAGGACAAGAGGAAGGCCAUCCUUCAGGCUCGACUAGCCAAGGUGAGGCAGAGGAAGAAGAAAAAGGGAAAGCUGGAUGGCACUGAGGAGGACGAGAACGAGAAGGAAGAGGAGAAUCCAGGAGAGGAUGAAGAGGACGAAGCUGUCGGACCCACCCCUCAGCCAGAUGUACCACCAGAGGCCAGCAUUCUUAGGAAGGUGGAAGUGGAGAUCCAGGAGAGGAGGGACACCAAACCAGGAGUUCCACAUGUUAGAGAGUGGGAUCGGGGCAAAGAGUUCAUGUUCAGCGAGUGGAAAUCUCGCCGUCGGGAUGAGCGGGACUCGGAGUUCGCCCCCCCCACUGCCUACUUCACUGAAGAGAAAAGACUGAAACCAGCAAAGGCUAAACACCAGGAGAACAAAGCCCACAUGUUCUUCAAGUCCAGAAAAGCUCCAGGAGGGGUCUCUGAAAGCGAGACUGAACUUCAGCCUCCAGCUUCCUCUCAGCCAUCACCGCCCCCACCUGCAGAGACCUCCCCGCCUUCAGCACCCCCCCUCUCAGCUCCCUCUUUUAUCCCCCGGUAUCCCCCACCUCCUGCUUUUUAUCCUCCAUUUCCUCCUCCACCUCCUUUUCAGUUUGCAGGUCCACCACGCCAUGUCCUUCCUCCGUUUCCCCCCCAGUCCUCAUACCAGUAUCUGCCCACCCCCGCCCAUGAUAUCCAGCCACCUCCGCCUGGAGUUGAAAGCCCGAUUCAGCAGCUUCCUGAAGGAGCUCCUCAGAAUUUAGAUGACAUGCUUUCCUUCUACAGGAACUCUAGCUGAGGGCUCCUAGUGGAAGUAAACACUUCCUCAGAACAACAGAAACAAAGUUUUAUUUACAGAAGCCCAAAAUCUAAUAAACACAGAUUUACACUGAA